GGAAGAUUCGAAUGAAUGUGAGUCACUUAAUUUGAAGCUUGGUGGUCAAGUGUUCCCUAUCACAGAGGAUGAGAUGAAAAAAUGGGAAGGAAAGAGUGGAAAGAAGACGAAACUUGCAGGUGGAUCAUCUACCCGAGCUGUUUGUCAGGUGGAUGACUGUCAAUUGGAUUUGACCAGUGCUAAAGAUUAUCAUAGGAGACAUAAAGUAUGUGCAGCGCAUUCCAAGGUCACCGAAGCCCUUGUAGGAAAUGCUAUGCAGCGGUUCUGUCAGCAGUGCAGCAGGUUUCAUAUUCUUCAAGAAUUUGACGAGGGGAAGCGAAGUUGCCGUAGACGCCUAGCUGGACACAACAGCCGGAGAAGAAAGACGCAUCCAGAAAAUGUAGCCAAUGGAAUACCCAUGAAUGAUGAGCAGGGAACUAAUUAUUUAUUAAUUAGUCUGCUAAGAAUACUAACCAAUUUGCACGGUGCAGCAAAUAGCUCAGAUCAAACAAAGGAUCAGGAUAUUUUGUCUCAUCUACUAAGGAACCUAUCAAGAGUGAAUGGCUCAAAUGAUGAAAGGAACCUUCCUGGGACAUUAUUACCAGUAUCACAGAAUCUUCAGAAUCCAGGAACAUCUACUGGAUCUCCAGAAAAGAUUAUUUGCAGGACUCUCACCAACUGGUAUGGAAUUCUGCCAACUUAUCGCCAUCAAGAGUGAUGGGAAAGGUUACCAAUGCAGUUAAUGCUGAAUCUGGAGUUUCACGAAAUCCUUCUGUACAGCCUGAAAAUGGAAUUGCGACGGAUGAUUUGGCCAAACAGACAAAGAUGCAUGACAUCGAUUUGAAUGAUGUGUACAAUGACUCUCAAGAUUGUACGGGAGUAGUAUUAAAGAGUUCUGGCCCCUGUCAAAUUCCCGCGAACAUAUCUACUGGUUAUCCUUUAUGGGUUUCUCAAGAUCCUCAUAAGCCAAGCUCCACUCGCACCAGUGGAAAUACUGGUCCAACAUCAAGCCUCUCACCUUCUAAUUCCAGUGGCGAAGCUCAGGUCAGGAAGAGUCGCACUGAUCGGAUUGUAUUUAAACUUUUUGGAAAAGAUCCUAGUGAUUUCCCUCUCGCCUUGCGGAAACAGAUUCUUGAUUGGUUGUCGAACAGUCCUACUGAAAUCGAGAGCUAUAUUAGACCUGGCUGUGUCAUACUGACAAUAUAUUUGCGGAUGGACAAGUCCAUAUGGGAGGAGCUUUGCUGUGAACUCAGCUCUAGUUUAAGGAAGCUCCUUGAUUCGUCUUCUGAUCCAUUUUGGAGAACAGGAUGGAUCUAUACUCGAGUUCAAAACCGUGUAGCUUUUGUUUUCAAUGGUCAGGUUGUUUUAGACACGCCUCUACCAGUUAAAGGCUACAGCAGCUGCCGGAUAUCAAGUGUCAAACCAGUUGCUGUUCCUGUCUCCAAAGGCGCUCAAUUUUCAGUUAGAGGCUUCAACUUGUUACGGCCCAGCACAAGAUUUCUAUGUGCACUAGAAGGGAAAUAUCUGGUCCAAGGAAAUUGUGAUGAUUUGGUGGGAACUAAUUCAUUAGUGGAUCAUAAUGAGAUCCAGUCCCUUAGCUUACCGUUCAGCAUACCAAAUGUCACUGGACGGGGAUUCGUCGAGGUAGAAGACCAUGGUCUUAGCAGCAGCUUCUUUCCAUUUAUAGUUGCUGAGGAGGAUGUGUGUUCAGAAAUAUGUACACUGGAGAGCAUCCUCGAGGUUGCAGAAACUGAGUGUCUUGGGUCCCAACAGGAAAAUGAGAAAUUAGAAGCUAGAAGCCGAGCUUUGGACUUCAUACACGAGAUGGGCUGGCUACUUCGCAUAUCUCAUGCCAAAAUCAGAUUGGUUUCCAACAUGAAUCGUCAUUUCCCAUUUGACCGGUUUAGGUGGUUAAUAGAGUUCUCAGUUGACCGUGAUUGGUGUGCUGUAGUUAAGAAGCUUUUGGAUGUUCUAUUUGCCGGCCUUGAGGAUGAAGGAGAAUACUCGUCUGUUGAGGUAGCAUUGAGGGAUAUUGGCCUUCUCCACAGAGCUAUAAGUGGAAAACACAGAUCAAUUGUUGAGGCUCUCCUACAAUACUGUCCAGAUAUAGUGUGUGACAAAAAAGAAUUGUCCAAAAAGCGAAGUAGCCUCUAUGUGUUUAGACCGGAUGCAGUAGUAGUUGGAGGCCUUACGCCACUCCAUAUUGUUGCCAGUCAAGAUGGAUUGGAGAAUAUGUUAGAUGCCUUAACCAGUGAUCCAGGACAGGUUGGCAUGGAAGCAUGGAAGAGCGCACGUGAUAGUACGGGAUUAACACCAAAUGACUACGCAUGCUUACGUGGCCACUAUUCAUACAUUCAUCUAAUCCAGAGGAAAGCAACAAAGGAGAAAUUACCCGGCAACACUGAUGUUGUCUUAGAUAUCCCAAUGGAUAAGACACCAAAUAGCAGCGGGAAGCAGAAAGAAACAAUAGGCGGCGGUGGGUACAAUCAUAGAAGCAUUACAUCAAGUUUUCAGACAGAAAAAACGGUCACUACGAAGAGAGGUUGCAGGCAGUGUGAUCAGAAAUGGGAGUAUGGAAGGUGUAGAAGAGUAUCACUUGCAAUUUACAGGCCGGUGAUGCUAUCUAUGGUUGCGAUUGCCGCCAUAUGUGUCUGUGUAGCUUUGCUGUUUAAGAGCUCACCGGAGGUGCUCUAUGUCUUCCAGCCCUUCAAUUGGGAGCUUUUGAAAUACGGGUCAAGUUAACCUAGCGUAGAUGAAAAUAAGCUAUAAAUCCCCGCCAAGGUGCUACAUGCCGCUUAGGAAUGUAUUCGUUUGAGUUUUUUACACAGUAAUUUGUAGUUACUUACACGAGCUCUUCAAAUGUCACCGGGGAUUAUUGAAGCGGGUGUUAUUGUUUUAGUUUGAUUGCAAAUCUAUAUAUAAUACUACAUAUAAUAUAUGGAAGCUAGCUUCUUGUUAUUAGGGGUGGACUCAAUCCAGUUCUGGUGCAGUUUCAGAUGCAUUAUUCUGAGUCAAGUAAAGGGUGAAAUCGGAACUGCAACCGGGUAUACCUGGUCCAGUUCCAGUUUUUGGGUCAGUUCUAGUUUCUUAGCAUAUUGUAAAAAACACAACCUGUCUGUUCUGGGCUUAUUUUGGAGGAAUCGGAAAAGAAAACCAGUUUAG